UUCAAAACUAAUAAUAAUAUUUGUUUUAAAAUCCUAAUCAGUUUAGAUGAUACAGUUUAUUUGGUAAAAUUUUAAAUAUGUAUAAUAUUUUUUCAACCGUAACGACAAAUAUUAAAUUAUUAUACAGUGUAGCUAAUUUUUAAAAAUAAAUUUAUAUCAAUUCACUUUUUCUAUUAUCUAAUCAAUGGAUUAUAAACACGUAUAAAUGUAUAAUAGAGAUAAAUAAUUUAUAAUUCAUGUAUGUAACUUUAACUGUAAAUUCGGAUAGCUUAUUUACUUAAUUAUCUGAUUAAAUUAAAACAAACAUUUACAGUGAAAAUAGUUAUCAAAAUUAUAUUUUUAACAAAAACAACAAAACCAAAGAAUCACUUUUAUUAAGGAUUAAAUAUUUUUAAUUAUGUAUAAUUUUUUAAAAAAAAAGUUAACAAUUUUUCAUUUGGCUUAGAUAAUAUUAGUUUUUCCUUAACAUAUUUCUUUGGCAUGAUCAUUGCAUAAUCAUAUACACAUGAAAGACAUCAUUAACCUAUUAUAUUAGAUUGUACUUCAUAGAAUAACGAAGGUUACUGUCAUUUUAAUUCAGUCCAAAAACAUUUAUUAAAAAUAACAACAUGAUCUCCGAAUUCUAUUUAUUUAUUUUGUUUAUAAUAUCAUUUUUAAUCUACAAUAUUUUUAAAAAAUGCUUCAUAAAAUUAAUGUAAAUUCAUAUAAAAUAAUUUUUUUUCUAACUUUCCGUCCCUAGGGCGCGCCGACCCUAGUAUGAUAGGAAGAUAGGUCCACACAAACCUUAAGCAAAACCCAACUUAGAUAAAAACGUUUUUUGCUGUGAAGCAUGGGCUUGGCCCGAUUCAAUAGAGGGCUGGGUCCAGAAGGAAUAAGAAAAAAAACUUAAAACCCCUCAAGUCUUCUUCUUCGCUGACUUGAAAACUCCUAUAAAAAGAGCUCCCAGGACAAGUUCUGCCAAAGAAUGCAAGUAUUUGUUUCCCGGGACAUUUUUCUUUAAGGGUUUGCAUAAAACAAAUCAAUGUCAGAAAGUUAACCUUUAGCCCUGAUAUGAAAGAAUUCCAUGUCGAGGAUAAUCGUUAAGGGUUUUCCAAAUAUAUAACAGAAGAUGGACUUCGAGGUGUCUUCUCAACAAAAGGAGAAAUAACAGACGUGAAAUUGAUGCGUUUUAGUGAUGGCAGAAGUAGGCAGUUUGCUUUUAUUGGAUUCCGUAAAGAAGAAGAAGCUCAAGAGGCUAUCACUUAUUUAAACAAGACUUAUAUUGACACUUUGCGAAUAUCUGUUGAGGUUGCGAACCCUCCGAGUAGUUUUGAUUCACUCGAGAAAGAAGGGAAAUUUAAUGAGAAUGGUGAUAAAACUUCUGAUGCUAAUUAUGCUCAAGGAACCAUAAAGAUUAAGAAGAAAGCAGAGGGUGAUGAUCCUCGGCUCCAAGAAUUGCUUGAGGAUAAGCGGAAAUUCUGGUCAAAUGACAUGUUUAUUCCUCGCAAAGAGAAGAUCUCGCCAGUAAUUGCCAUUGGUGCUAUGCGUAACAAAGCUAAAACAUUGUUGCUCUUGGUGAUGAUAGCCCUGUUCUUUUAUAAGACGUUGCCAUGGGCGGUGCGUCAAAAUAAAUACACAAUGACGGAGGCAAACUGAACGUGUUUUGAAAAAAACAUCAGCCGCCAACAAAUUCCGAAGACACAAAAUGCAGAGACGCCAACGCUGCUAUUUCCAGCGUCAGAUUUAUCCAUUUUUAUUGGCCUCAGCGGCUAAAAAAAGAAGCAGUUUUUUCCCAUCAGCCGUGAAUUUGCCAUGGGAAUAGUUGUUGUUUCUGGACGCUAACUCUGAUCGCAGCGUCACAGAAAAGAACAGUGCUAUUAUGGAAUACUUCAAGAGUAAGAUAAAGAAAAAUCUGUCGGACCAGUAAUGAUGAAACUGAUACUAGUGAUACAAUGGAGGUAGAAGCCGAUUGCGAGAUGGCUGUAGAGGAUGGAUUUGACCAUCCCUCAAUGCCCGAAUAAUAGAUGACCCGGCCCACGACGACAUAGCGACAGUUCGGCUCUGCGGCUCAGAGCGCCGACUCCUCGGCGCGAUCCGAAGGUACUUUUAGUCGAUCGUACGAUAGACUAAACGCAUGUGGCUUAACGGCUCCCCGAAACAACUUGGACUUUUCGGUCCAACGAGUUAAAAGCCCGUGAAGACGACGCAAGCUAAGUCACGGAAGAGCACCAAGUCGACUAUAUAAUGAGAAAGGAGUGCAAUGUAAAGAGGAUCCGAAAUCACUCACACAUAUUCAGCAGCUAGAUUAGGGUUUUACUUUUACUCUCUUGCAGUACUGUAUCUUUCCAGCAAAACUUUUCGAGCUCUGGUUUUCCUUUCUUUUACGCAUCUCCUUUCCUUGUAACCGAUCAAACGCUUUUCCGACUAUCUAUAAGACGUCUUUGCUUAA